AUGAAAUUAUAGUAAUUUCUCUCUCUCUAUCUUACUAAGAAACAAGACAAAGAAUAAAGAAAGCAAAUAAUAUUCAUGAUUAAUUGGAAAAUUCAAAACGUAACCUUUAUCACAGUGUAUAGAAAGUGUAUAAGACAAGUAGAAUUUUCUGCAGAAAAGAAAACACAACGAGAAACAGUUAUUAGUCAAAAUGGUAAGAUCAGCAAGAAAACAUGACAAAGCAUCGGUAAACAAGUCAAAUAAGCUACUGGAUAAUAUAUGGGCUCAACUUAAAGACGGAGCAGAGAGCAUUUACAAAGGAGAAUCUAUGUCAAGUCAAAAAUACAUGAUUUUGUAUUCAUGCAUCUACAAUUAUUGUACAAAUGUACAAAUGAAAAUACCAACAAAACCGAUAAAUAGUAAAAAAGGAACAGUCAUUGGUGCACAAGUUUUGGGUUUUGAACUUUAUACUCGUAUAAGUCAUUUCAUUGAAAAUUAUCUCAAUGAAUUGUGCAAGAGUGCAGACAAUUUAGUGGACGAGGACAUAUUGGUUUUUUACACAAAACAAUGGGAGGAUUAUCGUUUUAGUUCAAAAGUAUUAAACGGAGUGUGUGCGUAUUUAAAUCGACAUUGGGUUAGACGUGAAACCGAGGAGGGAACCAGUGGACAGAUUUUUCAAAUUUAUCAACUUACAUUGUAUUUAUGGAAGAAACAUGUUUUUAAACAACUUGAAAAAAAGGUAACAGCAGCUGUGCUGCAAUUAAUCGAACGCGAACGUCAUGGAGAAUUGAUAAACACUAGUUUAGUGAGUGGUGUGAUUAAUUGUUACAUUGAAUUAGGUUUAAAUUCAAAAUCACCGAACAGUUCAAUUUAUCAAAAUUCAUUUGAAAAUCAAUUCAUCAAUGAAACGGAAUAUUUUUAUUUACAAGAGAGCAUCAAUUUAUUAUCAACAAAUACAAUAACUGACUAUAUGAAAAAAAUUGAGGAUCGUUUACAAGAGGAGGCGAAACGCGUACAAAUUUAUCUCAAUCCAUUGACUCACGAACGUCUGCAAAGAGCUUGUGAAAAAAUUCUCAUUGGAAAACAUUUAAUUGUAUUUCAUGCGGAAUUUGAAAAUCUCCUCGAUACUUGGCGAAUAAAUGACUUGACAAGAAUGUAUCAAUUGGUUUCGAAAAUAACCGACGGCUUGGUGGAACUGAAAAGAAUUUUCGAAAAAUUCGUCACUGAAGAUGGUCUUUCUGCUUUGGAUAAAUGUGCCGAUGCUGCAGCUAGCGAUCCGCAAUUGUUCACGAAGAAAGUAUUGGAAAUUUAUGAAAAGCAUAAUUCUCUAAUUACCGAAUCGUUUAGUAAUGAUAACGGAUUUCAAUCAAUGUUGGAUAGAGCUUGCACUCGUUUUAUCAACAACAAUGCCAUCACUAAAUCAUCAAAAACAUCCAGCAAGUCCUCGGAAUUAUUAGCUAAAUACUGUGAUUUACUUUUGAAAAAGAGUAGCAAAAAUCCGGAGGAAAAUGAAUUAGAAGAUGCUCUCAAUCAAGGGAUGAUAAUCUUCAAGUACUUGGAAGAUAAGGACGUAUUUGAAAAGUACUAUUGCAAAUUUUUGGCAAAACGUCUAAUAAAUCAAAUGUCAGCGAGCGAUGACGCUGAGGCUUCGAUGAUUUCAAAGUUCAAACAAAUAUGUGGAUUUGAAUACACAUCAAAACUACAACGAAUGUUUCACGAUAUGGGUAUAUCGAGAGAUUUAAAUGAGAAAUUCCGAAAACACUCGUCCUCCUAUGUUAAAUCUUUAGAUAUGGACUUUAAUAUUCAAGUUCUCUCAUCGGGCUCGUGGCCAUUGAAAAAUUCCUACACUUUUGCUCUACCAAAUCAAUUGGAGAAAUGUUUACAAAAGUUCACAUGUUUUUAUAAUUCACAAUUUUGCGGGAGAAAACUGACUUGGAUGUAUAGUUUGUGCAAAGGUGAAUUGCAUACAAAUUGCUUUAAGAACAAGUACAUUAUGCAAGUUUCAACAAUGCAAAUGACAAUUUUUCUCUUGUACAAUUCAUCAUUGUCCUAUACGAUGCAACAAUUGCAAGAAGAGACACAAAUUGAGUUCAAUUUAUUAAUUCAGGUGGUGCAGAUUCUAUUAAAAUCGAAAGCAUUCACUACCACGGAUGAGAAGAAAUUAACAGCUUCUUCUGUUAUUGAACUUUUCAAAGAUUAUAACAACAAGAAACUUAAGGUCAAUUUAAACGUGCCAUUGAAAACGGAGCAGAAAGUCGAAGAAGAAAAUACGGAAAAACAUAUUGAGGAGGAUAGAAAAAUGCUAAUACAAGCGGCAAUUGUAAGAGUAAUGAAGACGAGAAAAAUUUUAAAACACCAACAACUUUUACUCGAGGUUUUAAAUCAACUGAACACAAAAUUCAACCCAAAAGUAUCAACUAUAAAGAAAUGUAUCGACAUUUUAAUUGAAAAAGAGUAUCUAGAACGUGAGGAAGAAUCAAAGGAUACCUACAAAUAUCUAGCCUAAUUAUAUGUAAAUAGCAAAAAAAAGAAUUUGACAAUUUUUAUCUAAAAAUAUUUAUUAAUAGACCUAAUUUUAAUAGAAACAAAUUUUUAAUACCAAAA